AUGUUUUCUAUUCCAGUUUCUGGAAUCUAUUAUGUCCACAUUGCUCCUGAUCUGGCAAUAGGACCAGAGUUCGAAUUGUCUACCGACAUUAAACAAGAUUAUGGAAAUCUAAACUACAUACGUUAUCUAAGGUACACAUCAAUUAGAUGGAUUAUGGUUUUCUCCAUCUUCAUCUUUGUUGCAUUAACUUGCUUCGCCCUGCGAUUUGAAAGUGAAAUAGGAUCACAGAAUUUGAGUUCAGUUCAAGCUAUCACAAAGACAGUAGUCUGGUUAAUACUACUUCCAUUUAUUGCCAUUUCUAAAAUUGAGUUGAUUUAUCUGCUGAUUAGAAAUAACCAUUACGCAACAUAUCAAAGCUUGCCCCUUCUAAGCAAUUUGAAACUCAUUUUGCAAUUUUCAGAGCACUUCUAUAGCGCAUUCGCAUCGUAUGUAACGCUUUUAUUCUCUAUGGGCUUUGGAGUUGUUUAUUAUUACCAUGAUAACUUACAACAUUACAGAAAGCUCCCAAAGUAA